AUCUUAAAAGCCAUAUGCUAAUGCACACUGGAGGUAAGCCUCAUAAAUGUGUCCAGUGUGGAAAGAGUUUUUCACAAAUUUCAUGUCUUAAAAACACAUGCUGAUACACACUGGAGAGAAGCCUCAUAAAUGUGCCCAGUCUUGGGAAAAGCUUUUUCACAGAUUUCAAAUCUGAAGACCCACAUGCGAAUUCACACUGGAGAGAAGCCUCAUAAAUGUGCCCAGUGUGGAAAAGCAUUUAUAACCUCCACAGAUCUCAAUCGUCACAUGCUUACACAUACUGGAGAAAAGCCUUACAAAUGUGUUCAGUGUGGAAAAGCUUUUUCACAAAUGUCAACUCUUAAAUGCCAUAUGCUAAGACACCCUACAGAGAAGCCUCACAAAUGUGCCCAGUGUGGAAAAGCUUUUACACGCUUGUCAACUCUUAAAAAACACAUGCUCAGACACUCUAUAGAGAAGCCUCACAAAUGUGCCCAAUGUGGAAAAGUCUUUUCUAAUGGUUCAGCUCUUAAAACCCACGAGCUUACGUACACCGGAGAGAAGCCUCAUCAAUGUGCCCAGUGUGGAAAAGCUUUUUCACAAAUUUCAAAUCUUAAAACCCACAUGAGAGUACACACUAGAGAGAAGCCUCAUGAAUGUACCCAGUGUGGAAAAGCUUUUACACGAAAUUCAACUCUUAAAAGCCAUUAUGCUAAUCACACUGGAGAGAAGCCUCAUGAGUGUGGAAAAGCAUUUGACAGGUCCACAGAUAUUCUACUCUAGCAGGAGCAUAACUCGUUAUGGUUAUAGUUAUCGUUAUCAUUCUUGGUGUGAAUGGGCCUUAAUUUUUACCUUGUGCAUUUUGUUUUCUUUUUUUAUUAUGAUCUUUAUUUUUUAAACUAUUCUUUGACUA